AUGGCUGUGGCUAUGCAAGAACGACCUCUCAAGGUCACGAUCAUUGGCGCUGGAAUCGCUGGAUUGACUGCUGCGCUUGCUCUGAGGAAGCAGGGUCAUGUGGUUACGGUGCUCGAGAGAUCACGCUUUGCAACCGAGACUGGUGCUGCUAUGCACAUGGCACCCAAUGCCACAGCGCUUCUAGAAUGGAUGGAUGUUCGUCCCAGUGAAGUUGGAGGGACACUGUUGAGACAGAUGCGUCGGUUUGAUGCAAAUGGCAAUUUACUGCAUACGAAAGAGUUCGGUCCUGAAGACAGAAGUCAUUGGCAGACUGAAUGGUACCUUGUGCACCGUGUAGACCUUCAUAAUAAGCUCAAGUCUGAAGCUACGUCGGCAUCGAGAGAUGGUGUUCCGGUUACGCUUCAUCUGACCUGCAAAGUUGUGGAUAUCGAUCUCCAGAAUGCUAGUGUGACUCUUGAUGAUGGCCGAAGAUUCGAUGGGGAUCUGCUUCUUGGUGCAGAUGGUCUACACUCUUUCACGCGCAAGCGAAUUGUUGGUGAAGUCCAACCAUACGCUGUUGGCAAGUCUUGCAUGCGCUGGCUGGUGUCAAAAGAGACACUCUUGGCCGAUCCCAGAACCGACCGCGUCUCCAUCGAGACACCAGGAGCGUUUGUCGAGUGGGCAGCUCCUGACCGUCGCUUGGUCGCUUACCCUUGUGGCGAUGACAAGAUCAUGAACAUGUGUGCUUUUGCUCCAUCUUCAGAGUUCCAAGAUCCCGAGAACACCAGUACAGAUGAAUACAACACAUCGGGAAACACAGACCUCAUGCUUCGCGCGUUCAAAGACUUUUGUCCUGCAGUCCAAGCGGCAAUGGAAAAUUCUGGAGACAGUCUCAAGAUUUGGGACAUGUACGACAUGAAGACUCUGCCUAGAUGGUGUGAAGGCUCAUCUGCCAUCAUCGGCGAUGCUGCACAUCCUUUCCAACCUUACAUGGGACAGGGUGGUGCGAUGGCUAUCGAAGAUGCAGUCUCAGUGGCCGUUCUUCUCCCAUUAGGAACAACCAAACAGCAAAUCCCUGAACGUUUACGACUGUAUGAGCAAUGUCGCAAAGAGCGCAACGAGACUGUCUUGAUGUAUACUCGAAUGAACGGCAGAGACGAAGGUGAUGACUCUGUGAGGAGGAUGACUCCUAAGGAUCUGGUGGACUGCAUGACUCUGUGUGUCAUGCACAAUGAGCGAAACUCUUCGAUGGAGGCAUUGUCCAAAGCUAUCGCAGUAUGA